UGGACUGGAAAGUUUCCAUGGGAGAUCAGUAGUUCUUCAACAGCUGAGUAGAUAAGAAUUUUGAAAAUACAUUUGGUGAAAUUAUCUUCUAGCUUUAAAACAAACACCUGAACAAAGGUCGUCUUCUAUAGAUACAUAUCAAAGGACGAUGCUGCACUCAAAUCUCUUAAGACUUCUGACCCGUGGGGGUCCCAAAAGAUGUAUGUCCUCUGCCACCAAGUUGACCACAGUGGAGGUCAACGAUAAGACCGGAAUUGCCACCCUAACAAUGAACCGGCCUCCGGUGAAUAGCCAAAACGUCCAAUUAUUGGUAGACCUCCAGAAGUCCAUUGCAGAAAUUGAGAACAACAAAAGUCGGGGCCUAAUUUUAACCUCCGCCAUGUCCAAUGUGUUUUCAGCUGGGCUGGACAUCCAUGAAAUGUAUAAUACGAAUGAGGAGCGACUUCGAAUUAUUUGGACGGAACUGCAGAACGCGUGGAUUGCCCUCUAUGGAACCAGUUUGCCCACGGCAGCAGCCAUCAAUGGCCACGCCCCCGCUGGAGGAUGCCUCCUGGCCACCGCCUGUGAGUAUCGGGCGAUGGUGCCCGAUUGCCGGAUUGGCCUGAACGAAACCCAACUGGGGAUCAUAGCCCCCAAGUGGCUGAUGUCCGGAUUUCUUAACGUACUUCCCAAGAGGGUGGCGGAGCGAGCCCUUACCCAAGGACGCAUGUUUACCACGCAGGAAGCUUUCGAGGUGGGCCUGGUCGAUGAGAUCGCCAAUUCCAAGGAAGAGGCUCUGGAAAAAUGUUCCGCCUUCAUUGGCAGCUUUGCUAAGGUCAAUCCUCUGGCCCGGGGACUGACCAAGCUUCAAUUCCGUGCGGAUAAUAUUAAGGAGUUUGAAAAGAUACGCGAAAAAGAUGUGGCGAAUUUCAUAGCCCUUGCUUCUAGGCCUGAGAUACAAAAGGAUAUGGGUACUUACCUAGAAAAUCUUAAGAAAAAGGGAAAGAAGUAAGAAAACAGACUAAGAUAAUGAUAACUUUUGUCCUAAUCACAAGCCUGCAUUUAAAUUAGAAAUGUAAAAAUAAAAUUAUUUUUGCUAUACAAACAUAAAACUACUUGGUAAAAUUAUAACUAUAAGUAGCUCUCUCAUAUUAUAUCAUAUUUUGUCAAACAAAAUUAAAAUGUAUCUUGAUAAUUAAAGUUAAACAUUUGAACUGCGUG